CAAAGGAACAAAAGACAGUAAAAAUAAAGAUAUCCAGUCAUUGCAAUAUGAUCCUGAUAGUCAAGAUAUAGUUUCGAAUAAAUAAUUAAAUUAAAUAUGCUUAUUGCUGCAAAAAAAUAAUUAAUCAUAAGGAUGUAUGCAACUGAACUUUGCAACUGGACAAAGAUCACGAGCAAUUUUUAUUCACGCCUGAUCAUGCGUUUAUUAAAUCACGUAUGUGGGCUUCAAUUUUUCAAGAAUUUAUGAAUUUAUAUAAACUACGCUUAGGGGUAACAUUUCUCUUUUAAACUUAAUCGACAAAUAAUAAAUGAAGGACACCUUUCAAUCCUAUGAAAUGGUUCUCAUGAUGCAAAAAGUGUAGCAAUAAGAGGAAUACUAAUCCGGUAUUAAUAAACAAGAAGAGAAAAAGGAAAGGAAAUCCGGAAAAGACUAUCAUGAGCUCAUAAUACGAACUCGCGCAUACUUACGAGAAAUGUGAUACUAGGAACGGCUUCAUUUCGUUUUCUUCGUCAGCGAGCGAAGAAUUUCAGUGAAAGGAUAAUAAAGUAAGACGGUUAAAUAAAUGCGAAUACCGCAGACCGACCGAUUCACCGCUUGCCAACGGUGGUAAGCAAAUUUAUGAUCAUAUUAUCCUAAACGGUGGCAACACGGUCUCGUUAGCGCGACUCGAAAAUUGCGAGGAUAUACAUUAUAAUAAUCGCGGCACGCUCCGCGACUACGUGAUAGCGAAAUGUUCCAGGAGAUCGCAGAUAACCGUUCACGGGUCGAACGGGCGUACAAUAAGACGUGGAUGAUGUCCACGUUAGGGUGCCUGUUGGCAGUGACGGUGCAUUCGCGAUGUCAGUUGAACACCUAUCAGAAGCUGGUACAACUUACGAGAAAGAACGCGGAGGAACGAACGCGGUUUAUGAACGGACGUGGGGGCAGGAGGAGGCGUACACGACGAUCGAGUACAUACAUUAGUAGCAUCGGGUUAAGUUCGUGCACGCGGGGAAAGAAAGGACGAAGCACAAGCACAAGUACGGGAGCAUCGAGGAAGGUGAAAAGAAGGGAAAAGGUACAAUGAUGCGAAGCGAAGUCUCGCUGGCCGCGCGGGAGGGAUGAGAAGGAGAAUGUCCGGUGGCAUGUGGGAAGUGGGGGUCUGACGCGAGCGGAGAAGCAACUAGUCGAAGGUGCGCCGGGAUGGGGGGAAAAGGGCCUCAUCUCGACAGCCAGUCCGAUUCGAGUCUCUCGGCUGCGUGUUGCCGUGGCAUAGUACGUACCCUUCCAGUUUACAACCGUGGCGAGGAUACCUUGAAACAUCGUACUCAGGUGAAUCGUGUACCAUUCGAGAAUCGACCACGAAGUGUCUUUUUCGCGAGGUACUACACGUUUUCCGUUCGGUCACCCUCGCGAGAAAGUCAUUCGCGUUUCGUUAUAUAGUUCAACCGAUUCGAGCGAAUAGCCGAAUUCGGAAAGAACACCAACAAUAAACCGAUUAUCAAUAUCGUUGUUAGUUGCGUUGAACGCACGAUUGGAUUCGAUCAUCGAUCGACUUCAGUCAGACAGUAACCUUGAAAUGAGAUUUCGGACAUUGUUAUUAGCGCUACCGCCGCAACGCGUUCGUCUCGCGGUAGGCUUCCGACCAUUGAACCGCGAACAGUUACCGAACACGUCCGCGAAGUGGUGAUGUAAACAUUCAAGUGCCGCUGUGAAACACGAGAAACUCGACGUAGUGCGAGAGAAGGAAGGAUAUCGGAAGAGAGAGAAAAAGAUAGGUAAACAGAAAAAAAAGAGCGAGCCGAGCAUUCGGCUUGACUCGAAGUGCAGCGUACGGUGAUGCCGCGAGGAUGCCACCGUCGUCGGUCCUUUCGACACGAUAUAGGACGUCGCGACGGUACCCCGUGAUCCGCCGGGGCCACACGACCCUGUGCCACGACGUAGCUCGGUGCGGUGCAAGUGCAAGUGCAGGUGCAGCUGAAGUGAAGUGGUGCCAGUUCGACGGGAAAGUACGUGCGGUAUAUUACGCGACGGGGACACGGCGAUGCAGCAAGCCAGGAAUCCUCCUCGUAUCCGUUAAAUCGCGAGUGACGUAUCCGGGGACAGAUCGGUCAACGUGUUCGCGCGUGUCCGCGGCUACGUGCUACGCGGAAGACGUCGUCCUUUGUUCGGGAACGAGCGACGAACCGGUGGUAACAGCCGCGCGCGGAACGGUGAAUUCGUAUCGCGAAGAGUUCUUGCCAGGCUCGAGCUAUCCCGAGCUUCGUGGUUUCAGCAUCCCGGCUGCAGCGGAGAGAAAGCAACAGAAUGCUGUCACCCGGUCAAGACGGCCAGUCGAACAGUUACUCGCAGCACAAUAAUGUCGUUCUCCAAGGUGCACCCUGUGGUCAGUGUCGAGAUUUAUGCCCGGCUGGAUACGUGCCCCACUUUUGGCGGAAGGUGUGCAGAAGCUGCAGGUGUCCCAGGGAGGAGCAUCAGCGGACCUCGACGGAGGCGGGCGGUCCCUCGGGACUCGGCCUCGGUCCUGGUCCGCCGAUGGCCAUGGGCAUGGGUUACCAGAGCGGGGCCGCCGGUUCGUCUCACCAGGAACCCUUCAAGAGUCCCGUGCAACCGGCCCCGCCGGGUCUCGCCCUUCAGGAGGCCCUUAUGCAUCAUCAGAGGCACUCGCAGAGCGACGAUGACAGCGGAUGCGCGCUCGAGGAGUACACGUGGGUGCCGCCUGGUCUCAGGCCCGAUCAAGUACACCUGUACUUCAGCGCGUUACCGGAAGACAAGAUCCCGUACGCUGGUAGUGCCGGCGAACGGGAGCGAGUGAAGCAGCUGCUGCAGCAACUCCCGCCGCACGACAACGAGGCGCGUUACUGCAGCGGCCUGACCGAAGAGGAGAAGCGGGAGCUGAGGGUGUUCGCGGCGCAGCGGAAACGCGAGGCGUUGGGACGGGGACACGCGAGCCAGCUGGAGAGGCCCCACGGCGCAGGAUGCCGCGAGUGCACCAGGCCCAUCGCGGCCGGAGAAAUGGCUGUGGCCGCGAGCCGGGCCGGGCCUUCCGCCCUCUGGCACCCGGCCUGCUUCGUCUGCUGCGUCUGCAGGCAGCUGCUCGUCGACCUGAUAUACUUCUGGCGGGACGGCAGGCUCUACUGCGGCCGACACCACGCGGAGACCUUGAAGCCGAGGUGCUGCGCGUGCGACGAGAUCAUACUCGCCGACGAGUGCACCGAGGCCGAGGGCAGGGCUUGGCACAUGAGGCACUUCGCGUGCCUCGAGUGCGAUCGACAGCUCGGAGGUCAAAGAUACGUGAUGAGGGAGGGCAGGCCGUAUUGCCUCCGGUGUUUCGACGCUUCGUUCGCCGAGUAUUGCGACAGCUGCGGAGAACCGAUCGGCGUGGACCAAGGGCAAAUGUCGCACGAGGGUCAACAUUGGCACGCGACCGAGGCUUGCUUCUGCUGCGCCACUUGCCGCACGUCCCUCCUCGGACGGCCGUUCCUACCGCGGAGAGGUGCCAUUUAUUGUAGCAUAGCCUGCAGCAAAGGGGAACCACCGACGACGCCGAGCGACUCAUCCGCUGGACCACCGCCGCCGCCUACUUUCCUCAGGAAUGCCAGGAGGCCACCGCCGCCAAGCGAGAGUUCUUCGAGUCCACCGCCACCUCCACCGCCUCCGCCACCACCGGGAUCCAGACAUACCCUGGGCUCGCCACGUAGUUCGCCUCGGAUGAACAGGAGGCAUCAUCAAACGUCCGCUUCUUUGGCUACGACGCCUACGCAGAGUACGUUGAGUCCGGAGUUCCCGCCCGAAGGGUUUCCUUCGAGCGGUUCCAGACCGAGUGGCCUUGAUCGAGUAUUACUGGAGAGGAAUCUCGAAAGAUUACUCCAAGAACGAAGUAGCCACCCCGAAGAAAACCACAACGAAUUGGGAAGGUUGAUGCAAGCGCGCGACCGAGAGCCGCUAAGAUGCGUUCAGAACUGCGCUCCGACGCAUGCAUCGAGUAUGCCGGAACUUCCUCCGCCACCCAGACCAUCGUCGGGGGCGUCCGCGUCCACAUCGACCGGAGUCGCCGCCACGGUGUCUGGGAUAAUACUGGAACCGGCGACGCCGCCGACAACACUUGCCAUUAGCCAGACGGAUCCCCCGACGCCGACGUCGCGACGGGUGCGAUUCCAAGGCGACGUAGACGUGAACGAUCACCCCGCGACGUCACGCGUUCCCAUGCCCGACAGGAAUUCGUCGUCGUCACCCUCUCCGCCGUUAGUGUCGCUGUCGAGAACGAAUGUGUCUCGAUCUAGAAGCUUACAGCCAGAAGAAGUCGCCAGCACGUCCUCUUGGGGUGUUGCCGGAAGCUCGAAAUCAAGGAUGGACGGCGAUGACGAGGAUGUCGAGUCCUGUUGUUCCACGUGCAGCUCAUCAAGCAGCUCCGACGAAGCUGCCGCGUACGCGUUACCACCGAGAAGAGCAUAUGGUGGCGUCAGGAUUUCUUACGUGCCCAACGACGCUGUGGCGUGCGCGAAGAAACGUACUCCGACGUCCUCGACGCCGAAUCAAACUCACAGAGACUCGGAGAAAUGCGUCGUGUCUUGAUGCCACCCUCGACAGACUGGGAUUGUUUUCACGUGGAUGAUACUCAUAGCUGCUGGAUAGGCUUUAAAGAGGUUCACACGAAUUUUGAAUCGUCAACGGGAAGGAUGAACGCGAGAAAAAAUUAGAGUUCCUAAAACUGAUGUGACCGGGAUUCGCGACGUCUUCCGUUUUCCCGAUGUGAUCCUGAACUCGAAAGAGGUUUUAUAUAUUCGUGUACAUAGUGAACGUACUUCCGGAACGGGAAGCGAGUCGCGAAGAUUCUCGCGGCGCUUCUUCUAUUUUUAUUACCCCGUUAAAUGUAUUUGAUACGACGAUAAUGGAGUGCGAUGAGAAGAAGCAUAAACUCGGACCUGGAAAGCAAUUAUCCUUCCUCUCGUCGACGUCCAUAAUAAUAACGUUAUAUUUUAUUACCAUUGCCAUUCCCGCUCCGCGUAAACGACAGUUCAAACCGGUGCCGUGAUCUUAUAACACUUAAGAUUCGAUAGUCACGUUCUGAUAAACUUUUUAUCAAACAACGGUCUGAAGUGGCAUAUUUUAUUGAUCAGGACGGACUUCUUUGCUCCGUAUGAAGCAGACAGUAUUUUAAUCGUGAUGCUAAUCGCAUGACGUUACGCUGUAAGUACAAAUGAUAAGCGUUCGGACCGAGAUGUAGACAAUCUGAAGAAUUAUUCGGGGAAAUAAAUUCGGACGAAGUCGAUUAAAUUAAA